AUGUUGGGAUCCUCAUCUCGCUUGAUCCGUGGGGCGUUGACUCGCUCACUUCGGUCCUACUCUACGGCUUCUUCGUCGCAGGGCCAGGGACCCACCACCCACUAUCGCAUCACGCUCCGGCGCUCUACGAUUGGUCUGCCUGAGCGCACGAGUCGUAUUGUUGAAGCAUUGGGCCUGCAUAAGCGCUUACAAAGCGUGUUUCACCGGCAGACACCCACUACGGCUGGUAUGAUCUUGGCAGUGAAGGAGCUGGUGCAUGUGGAAAAUGUCCGUCUUCUUCAGCCUGCAGGGGAUGAGUCGGCCUCGCCAAUCUGGGUGAAUGCCAAUGGGGAAGUGGUAGAUGCAGGCCGCAUCUCUCGCAAGGCACCGCGAGGCUUCAAAAUUGUGGGCAACUUGAUUGACGAGACGCGUGAUCAAGAACUCCGUAAGACCAAUGCGUGA